GUCUCUUUUUAAACGGAUCCGUUACAGCCCGUGACUGGCUGGCAUCAACCCUAACGUCCUCCCUCAGUCCUUGCUCACUCCGUCACCGAUCUCAAUCCCCCCUCCGUCCUCACCUCCGCCAUCCCUCCGUCACCCUGAUCCUAACGUCGUCAUCUCUCCCUCUCUCUCUCUCUCUCUCCCCUCUGCCCGCCUUUUCCAAACCCUAAUCUCAUGGCCACCGACGAUUUCCCAUUAAUCGACGAUCCGCACGCUCCUCCGUCCGCUCACGCACCCGCCGUCCACCCCGACUCCGAGUCCGUCCACGGCGGAGAUUACUACCCCACCUACCCCGACUCCGACCAGGAAAAAUCCGGAUCCGGAGCUCCGGCCACGCCGUCGUCCAAACGGAGUCACCAGCAGCAGCAGCCGUCGCAGCAAUUCUAUUACAACAACAGCGGCAGCAAAAGGCAGAAAGCGAACGGCAACAGCGCGGAACCGGAAUCGACCGCCAACACGACCACCACGACGCCGGAUUACAGGGCGGAUUAUCGCAAGGACAGGGAGGAAUGGAGCGACACGGCGAUCUCCUGCCUGCUGGACGCGUACACGGUGAAGUACAGCCAGCUGAACCGCGGGAAUCUGCGGGGGAGGGACUGGGAGGAGGUGGCCGAGUCUGUGAGCGAGAGGGGUGGGAGCAAUAACAGGAAGAGCGUGGAACAGUGUAAGAACAAGAUUGACAAUUUGAAGAAGAGGUAUAAGGUGGAGCUGCAGAGGAUCAACAACAAUGGUGGUGGUAGUGCUGGGUUUGGAGGUAAUGCGACUAGUAACUGGCAUUGGUUUAAGCAGAUUGAAGCCAUCAUGGGGAAUUCGUCUUCUAGCUCUAAAGCGGUUUCCGCUGGUGGCAGUGCAGCUGUUUCAGAGAGUGAACCCACCAUAGUGGCGGUUCCUGCUGUGAAUGGCACUUUGCCGACCGUCAGGCAAACUAAAAGAUACACGCCAAGCAGUUCCGCACUUGCAAACAGCUUGAAAUCUAAAUCAAUGCCGAACUUGAAAUGGCGCAGAGUUGUGUUCAAAAUCAGUGGUGCUGCUCUGGCAGGUAACUGCCAGAAUAUUGAUCCUAAGGUUGCAACUCAGAUAGCAAGGGAAGUAUCAACAGUUUGUCGCCUUGGACUGGAGGUGGCAAUUGUUGUUGGUGGCCGUAACUUCUUUUGUGGAGAGUCAUGGAUAUCUGCCACAGGCUUGGAUAGACCUACGACAUACCAGAUUGGCAUGAUGGCAACUGUCAUGAAUUCUAUAUUGCUGCAAUCAGCUUUAGAGAAACUGGGCAUUCAGAGUCGCGUACAAAGUGCAUUUUCAAUGCCAGAGAUGGCUGAGCCGUAUAGCAGGCAACGAGCUAUCCGACAUCUUGAGAAAGGGAGAGUCGUCAUAUUUGGUGGCGUGGGUGCUGGGGCUGGCAACCCUUUGUUUACAACCGACACAGCAGCAGCUCUAAGAGCUUCCGAGAUCAAUGCAGAUGCUCUGCUUAAAGGCACAAACGCAGAUGGCAUCUAUGAUUGGCAAACCAGUAAUAGCAAUAUAAUACUCGAUCAUAUAUCAUUCAGAGACGUGGUCUCAGGGGGUGCUACCUCGAUGGACAUGAUGGCGAUUACCUACUGCGAAGAGAAUGGAAUCCCAGUCGUGGUCUUCAACAUGCUGGAGCCCGGAAAUAUAUCAAGAGCACUAUGUGGUGAACAAGUUGGGACUUUGAUUGAUCAAACAGGAAGGAUGAGUUAAUAACUGCCAUCCAUAUCCCAGAUUGCCCUUUUUAUACAUUUUCGAGCUUCUUGUUUGUAAAUAUCUGGAUUUGUUGUUCCAAGUAAGCAAGACAACAAAGAUGUGUAAAGAUAAUGUGAUAUGGACUGUGUAAGCAUGUCCUCCCCAUUGUGCUGUAGCUAGGUAAUUUAUAUUCGCGAUUCUACCAGACUCGUGUAAAAUAAUUCUUAAGUCUCUUCGUUUCAUUGUUAGCCUAGCAAUUGAUAUAGUUGUAAGUUGUAACUGAAUCUUUAGUGUGUUUGCUAAUUCUGAUUGUGGUUCAGUGGUGCUAUACAGUAUCGUCAGUUCUGUUUUACAUACAA